AUGAGUGUGUCCUCUGCCAAUGGGACCGUGGUCAUUCAGUAUCGAGACUCCUUCUCUAAAGCUGUGGCCAAGAAUGUGAUCGUGGUGGUGAUCGGCAUCUCCAUCAACUACAUCAAUGUGGGCCUCAUUCACACCUUCUGCAAACACCAGAUCUUCUACACGAAUCCUCGGUACGUCCUCUUCAUUCACCUGGUGGUCAACGACAUGGUCCAAGUGACUCUUUCCCUUUGCAUGUUCAUCAUCAGCUACACUAUCUACAAAAUAAACGCCUCUGUCUGCUGCACCUUCAUCCUGAUGGCUCUCAUCAUGACUGAAAACACUCCUCUGAAUCUGGCUUGCAUGGCGCUUGAAUGCUACAUCGCCAUUUGUUUCCCUCUACGCCACGCACAGAUCUGUACCAUCAAGAGAACGCUGAUCCUGAUUGGUUUGAUCUGGACGACCACCAUGUUGUCUUGUCUCCCUGAUCUCUUCAUCACUUUGGCCACAGUGCCAUUGGACUUCUUUCAGUCAAAGAUCUUCUGCCUCAGAAAAACUACCUUCCCAAAUCCCAUCAUCUUGGAGAAGAGAAAUAUAACAUAUAUUGUGUAUCUGAUUGUGGUUUGGUUUGUUAUCUUUUUCACCUAUUUUAAAAUCCUGUCCACUGCUAAAACAGCUAGCAGUAAUGCUAAAAAGGCCAAAAACACAAUCAUUCUGCAUGGGUUUCAGGUGCUGCUUUGUAUAACAAACUAUAUAUCCCCCCAGUUUCAAGAUUCUCUGAUACAAAGGUUUCCUGAGAAUAGUACAGACAGCCUUUUUGCUUUCUAUAUUGUUCUUAUGAUCAUGCCAAGAGCAAUUAGUCCAAUAGUCUAUGGCAUACGAGACACGUCCUUUAGGAAGUACCUGAAAACGUAUCUGCUGUGUAAGAGCCCACAGUAA